AUGGACGACUCGGAAGUGGAGUCGACCGCCAGCAUCCUUGCUUCUGUCAAGGAGCAGGAGGCGCAGUUCGAGAAGCUGACCCGGGCGCUCGAGGAGGAGCGGCGCCAUGUCUCGGCCCAGCUGGAGCGAGUCCGGGUCUCCCCACAGGACGCCGGCCCGGGCUUGGCCAACGGCACCCUCACCCGGCGGCACCAGAACGGCCGAUUUCUGGGCGAUGCUGACCUGGAAAGGCAGAAGUACUCAGAUCUGAAGCUCAACGGGCCACAGGACCACAGCCACCUCUUGUACAGCACAAUUCCCAGGAUGCAGGACCCAGGCCAGAUUGUUGAGGAGACAUACACCAUGGAGGAGGACCCAGAAGGGGCAAUGUCAGUUGUGUCUGUGGAGACAUCAGAUGAUGGAACAACUCGGCGUACAGAGACCACGGUGAAGAAAGUGGUGAAGACUGUGACCACCCGGACAGUGCAGCAGGUGCCAGUGGGGCCCGAUGGGUUACCGUUGGAAGCCUCCCCUGUCGCCAGCAGCUACGUCCAGACCAUGGACAGGAACUUCCGCAAGAACGGCAACGGGGGCCCUGGUGGCUACCUGGGCCAGCCGGGCACGGCCACCCUCCCCCGUAACUACCACUACCCCGAUGGCUACGGCCGCCCCUACGAGGACGGUUACCCAGGCAGCGACCACAGCUACGGCAGCUUGUCCCGCGUCACCCGCAUCGACGAGCGCUACCGGCCCUCCAUGGACACCUACCGGGCCCCCAGCCGCCAGGACAUCUAUGGCCCCCAGCCUCAGGUGCGCGUCGGGGGCAGCAACAUGGACCUCAACCACUUCCACCCCGAGCAGUACGGCCUGGAGGAUGACCAGCGCAGCGUGGGCUUUGAGGACGUGGACUACGGGCUUAUGUCUGACUACGGCACAGCCCGGCGGGCAGGGACCCCCUCCGACCCUCGGCGCCGACUCAGGAGCUACGAAGACAUGCUGGUGGAUGAAGUGGCCCCUGACCGGUACUACUGGGCGCCCCUGGCUCAGCACGAGCGGGGCAGCUUGGCCAGCCUGGACAGCCUGCGGAAGGGGGCCCCGGCCCCUGGGAACUGGCGCCAGCCGGAGCUGCCCGAGGUGAUAGCCAUGCUGAGCUUCCGGCUGGACGCCGUCAAGUCCAACGCGGCCGCCUACCUGCAGCACCUCUGCUACCGCAACGACAAGGUGAAGACUGAGGUGCGCAAGCUGAAGGGCAUUCCCGUGCUGGUGGAAUUGCUAGACCACCCCAAGAAGGAGGUGCACUACGGUGCCUGUGGAGCCCUCAAGAACAUCUCCUUUGGCAAGGACCAAGACAACAAGAUUGCCAUCAAGAACUGCGAUGGGGUGCCCGCCCUGGUGCGCCUGCUGCGGAAGGCCCAUGACAUGGACCUCACCGAGGUCAUCACAGGAACACUGUGGAACCUCUCCUCACAUGACUCCAUCAAGAUGGCCAUUGUGGAUCAUGCUCUGCAUGCUCUGACUGACGAGGUGAUCAUUCCCCGCUCGGGCUGGGAGCGGGAGCCCAACGAGGACUCCAAGCCCCGCCAUAUUGAGUGGGAGUCGGUGCUCACCAACACUGCUGGCUGCCUCAGGAAUGUGAGCUCAGAGCGGAGCGAGGCCCGUCGGAAGCUGCGGGAAUGUGACGGGCUGGUGGAUGCCCUGAUUUACAUUGUACAGUCUGAAAUCGGGCAGAAAGACUCAGACAGCAAGCUGGUGGAGAACUGUGUGUGCCUGCUGAGAAACUUGUCCUACCAAGUGCACCGUGAGAUCCCCCACGCAGAGCGCUACCAGGAGACACCUCUGGCCCCUGCCAACAACGCUGGGCCUCACGCUGCAAGCUGCUUUGGUGCCAAGAAGGGCAAAGACGAAUGGUUCUCCAGAGGUAAAAAGCUCCCAGAAGACCCUGGUGCUGACACAGUGGAUUUUCCCAAAAGAACAACUCCAGCCAAAGGCUACGAGCUCCUCUUCCAGCCAGAAGUGGUCCGGAUAUACAUCUCCCUUCUGAAGGAAAGCAAAACUCCAGCUUUCCUGGAGGCUUCAGCGGGAGCCAUUCAGAACCUGUGUGCUGGAAGCUGGACAUACGGGCGCUGCAUCCGCUGGGCGCUGCGGCAGGAGAAGGGGCUGUCGGCCGUGGCGGACCUGCUGAGCCAGGACAGCGAGCGCGUGGUGAAGGCGGCGUCGGGCGCCCUGCGGAACCUGGCGGUCGAUCUGCGCAACAAGGAGCUGAUCGGUAAACAUGCCAUUCCCAACCUAGUGAAGAACCUGCCUGGGGGCCAGCAGGCUCCAGCCAAAAACCUCUCUGAGGACACAGUGGUGUCAAUCCUCAACACCAUCAAUGAAGUAAUUGUUGACAACCUUGAGGCUGCCAAGAAGCUGCGGGAAACGCAGGGCAUUGAGAAGUUGGUGCUGAUCAACAAAUCUGGGAACCGUUCGGAGAGAGAAGUCCGAGCAGCUGCCCUGGUCUUGCAGACAGUCUGGGGAUACAAAGAGCUGCGGAAGCCCCUGGAGAAGGAAGGCUGGAAGAAAUCAGAUUUUCAGGUGAACCUGAGCAACACCUCUCGGACCCAGGGAGGCAACUCGUUUGAUGACAGCACCUUGCCUCUCAUCGACAGGAACCAAAAAACAGACAAGAAGUCCUCCCGGGAGGAGAUCCAGAUGAGCAACAUGGGACCAGACAACUAUUCCACACUCAAUGAGAGGGACCACAGCAGGACACUGGACCGAUCUGGUGACCUCGGUGACAUGGAGCCGGUGAAGGCAGCACCCCUGGUGGUGAGAGUGAACCUGAGCAACACCUCUCGGACCCAGGGAGGCAACUCGUUUGAUGACAGCACCUUGCCUCUCAUCGACAGGAACCAAAAAACAGACAAGAAGUCCUCCCGGGAGGAGAUCCAGAUGAGCAACAUGGGACCAGACAACUAUUCCACACUCAAUGAGAGGGACCACAGCAGGACACUGGACCGAUCUGGUGACCUCGGUGACAUGGAGCCGGUGAAGGCAGCACCCCUGGUGGUGAGACAGAAGAUCUAG